GAACAGGUGAGCGCCCUGAGGAAGGCCACGGUCCUGAUGCGGCAGCCCGAGCGGGUCCAGGAGAUCGUGAGCGCCCUCCGCCGUGGCGGGGGAGACCGACUGCAGGUGAUUUCCGAUUUUGACAUGACCUUGAGUCGGUUUUCCUAUAACGGAAAGCGAUGCCCUUCAUCUUACAAUAUUCUGGAUAACAGUAGGAUCAUCAGUGAGGAGUGUCGCAAAGAGCUUGCGUCACUCUUUCACCACUAUUACCCCAUUGAGAUUGACCCUCACCGGACUGUCAAGGAAAAGUUCCCUCACAUGGUAGAAUGGUGGACCAAAGCCCACAAUCUGCUGUGUCAGCAGAGGAUUCGGAAGAGCCAGAUCGCACAGGUGGUGCGGGAGUCCACCGCAGUGCUCAGGGAGGGCUACAAGACGUUCUUCCACACACUCUACCAGGACAAUAUCCCGCUUUUCAUCUUCUCAGCGGGCAUUGGGGACAUUCUGGAAGAGAUUAUCCGACAGAUGAACGUGCUGCACCCCAACGUCCACAUUGUGUCCAACUACAUGGACUUUGACGAAGAAGGCUUCCUGAGGGGCUUCAAGGGCCAGCUCAUCCACACGUACAACAAGAACAGCUCCGUGUGUGAGAACUCUGGUUACUUCCAGAAGCUCCAGGGCAGAACCAACAUCCUCCUGCUGGGAGAUUCCAUGGGGGACCUCACCAUGGCCGAGGGGGCCCCUGACGUGCAGAACAUCCUCAAGAUAGGCUUCCUGAAUGACAAGGUAGAAGAGCAGCGUGAGCGCUACCUGGAUGCCUACGACAUUGUGCUGGAGCGGGAUGAGACGCUGGAUGUGGUCAACGGGCUGCUGCAGCACAUCCUGCACCCAGGGGACCGCCUGCAGGUGCAGGGCUGCUAAGCAUGGAGGCCAGGCCAGAGAGGCCAGGCAGGGACCAGCACUGGCCAGGGGGAAGUCCCAGGCCCAGAGCUGCUGGGCCCUACUUGGCUCUCCCCCAUGCUGGGUGGGGGAACUGCACCUGCCAUUUCAGAAAUGAGCCAAGGGCCACAGCUUGUCAGCUCUCUGUGUGGUCUUGUCCAGGGGGCACUUAAAAAUUUUCUUAAACCUGAGAAGCUGUUCUUCAUAUAUGUAUGAAACAUGAAAAUAAAAAAGUGAACCAGA